GCUAGAAGUAGCGGCAGCUUUCGGAGAAUGUCAUAGCCUGCGGGAGCCCAGCUCAGUCCCGCUACCUAGAAAGUGGAGGAGACGGCUCCUCCUUGGUGGCCCCACGAUCAAGAGAUGAGGCAGGCAGGGGCGUAGGGCACCCGAGCGAUACCCCGCGUGGAGCAGGCCCCUCUGGCUUCCUUCCUUCCCCGAGUGAGGACAGUGACCCUCCGGGCACCUACUUACUCUGACCAAGGGUUAACCAGACUCCGCCUCCUUGCCCUUCUCGUCUUCGGGCCUGUCCCCCACCCUCCCCGCGCCCCAGGGGACAAAGGCCGAUUUGCGGGCAGGAAGUGUCCCGGUGACAAAUGAACCUCCCAGCCACUGCUCCCGGCGCCCUACGCUAACGGGAGGCUGCUCUCCCGAGGCGGGGCAGGUGGGGGUCCGGGGACCUCUGGCGCUGGCCCGCUGGCCCCGCUGGCCCAGGGACUGUCUUAGCCGAAACCUUUUGUGCCUGGGCUGUUUAUUGGUGAGCCCGGCCCGCUGUCACUGACUCCCAAAACCAACUGUUCCUCCUCCCUGAGACUCCGCCUAGGUGCCACGUGGCAUGUCAACUUCCGCUGGGGCCUCAGAGUAGGGGGUCAUUUUGACCGGCUAUCUGGAGUAGGAAAUCCAGCCAAGGUUCAAACAGGUGUUUUGCGGCUGUGGAAGGGAAGUAAGGGCUGGCCCUGGGAUUCCUGGGAAGAUGGAAGAAGCUACUCACCUGCCUAGCAGGGUUUGGUCCUUUUGGGGAACACACUGUGAAUGCCAGUUGGAUUGCAGUUCAGUAGAAACAGUGUCUCACCCUUGUUCAACCUGGUCUUGGAUUCCUAAGCUGAAGACAUCUGCUGGUCUUGGCCUCCCAGAAUGCUAGGAUUACAGGAGCUAGAAAAACUGGGCCUUGGUGAUAGUGUGGACCUACAUGUGUAUGAGAUUCCGGUUGAAUACAAGACAGUCCAGAGGCUCAUCCCUGCCCUGUGGGAGAAGCACAGUCCACAGCUGGUGGUGCACGUGGGGGUGUCGGGCAUGGCAACUACAGUCACACUGGAGAAAUGUGGGCACAACAAGGGCUACAAGGGCCUGGACAACUGCCGCUUCUGCCCUGGCUCCCAGUGCUGUGUGGAGGACGGUCCUGAAAGCAUUGACUCUAUCAUCGACAUGGAUGCUGUGUGCCAGAGAGUCACCACGCUGGGCCUGGAUGUGUCAGUGACGAUCUCCCAGGAUGCUGGCAGGUAUCUCUGUGACUUCACCUACUAUACCUCUCUGUACCAGAGCCAUGGCCGAUCAGCCUUUGUCCACGUGCCCCCACUGGGCAAACCAUACAAUGCAGACCAGCUGGGCAGGGCACUAAGGGCCAUCAUUGAGGAGAUGCUGGAUGUCCUGGAGCAGUCAGAAGGCAAAAUCAACUAUUGCCACAAACACUGAGGGCCUUCUUGUCUCCCAAGACCUCAUACUGCUGGCAAUCCCAAGAGGGACGUCCACCCUCCAGGGCCUGGCCAGGAAAAACAAGCUUGUCAGCUGGGGAUCCAAUUUGGAUGAAAUAUUCUGAUGUAUACACCUCCUCUUCCUUCUCUGCAAAAGCUCUGGUUGACUUGAAGGAAGUGGCUGAAGAUUUUUUUCUCCAUUUCCCCUUGCAUUUGGGAACACAGCUGCUAUGGCCGGGGAGGCCAACCACCGAGUCCAGAUUUCCAUGGAGAAUCUUGGUCUUUGCUCUGCAGUGCCGCCUGUUCAUCUGGUUUUCUGAAUUUGUUGAUAAAGGAAUUCCAGAGUUCACUUUAUAUCCAUGACUGGGUUUUCCCACAUUUAAAAACCUCAUGAAGAGUCUUUGCCUUUGAACUGAGCUAUGCUCCAACAGUUCGGCAGCCCCAGAAAAGGCCGCCUUGGGAUAUGGCUUGACUUUUUUCUUUCUCUCAUAUUCUCUUUUUAAAACCAAUAGCACUAGUUUGGGCAAGGAGUAAUUUAUAUUCUCUUUGGUUCAAUGCGGGCUUUAGUCAACAACAAAAGGGUCUUUUCCUUCUCUUGGGGUGUGGCUCCUUCUGCCUCCUGCCCUGAAAAUUGGACUUAUGAUGCCACACCUUUAUUUCGGGGCCUUGUUUGCUCAGGAUAUGGAGCUCAUGGUCAGGUCACUGGGUGAGAUGUUCCCCCAGGUGUGGCCAUAAAGUGCUCAACCCUUUCAACCCUGAAGUUAUGAGCUAUCCCACAGAGACAGGGCCACCAGUGGGAAAGCAGAUUUUGUCUGCAUUUGACUUUUUGUUUUAAAUAUGUAAAAUUUCAUAGCAACAGAAAACCCACCCAACAUCUGGCCUGGAUUUGUAAGGUCUGGCUGAGGAGGGUGAGCUUCUUGUUCUCCUUAAAGGGGGCUCCAUAAAAUGUGGGCCUGGGGCCUGGGGUUUGCAGAGCUCAGCAUGUCUGGGCAUGUUCAAGCAGGAGGGAGACGCGGAAGCUGACAGGUUUUUCUGUAGUGGUUUUUGGAUACUCGCCCAGGAAUCAGGAGUAUAUUUUUAUUCUCUCUCUGCCAACUUUGAACUUACCGGGCAAGGACAAGAGUGACGUCCCUCAGGAGAUAGCCAAAUUUAGCAGGAUAGCAACACCCAUUAGAGAGGACAGCCACGGCAACAGUGAAGCCAGCUAAGCAAAAUGCACAUUUGAGAAACCAUUUUCUACUUUUUGGAGGAAACAUGGUUUUGCCACUUCCUCUGAGUGUGACACGGCUGGAAUCUGAUUCCAUGUUGGAUCCUACUGGUGUUUCCCUGACAUUCAUUCUUUUAAAAAUAGCUGAGAUUUUUUUUGUUUUGUUUCAUUUUCUUCAACACUCACCUCCCUUUUUUCCGGUUCCAACACUUAGCUCCUGACUUUGCUAAGCUGCUGUACCAUUUGGGAACUGGGUUGACAAGUUUCUAUGAAAUACAUUUUCUGAGUCUGGGCUUUCUCUGGAGGGGAAGGUGGGUGCUGGUAGGUGACUUGGUAUGGGUGCCUGGCAAUGCAUGUGGACUGCCAGAAAAUGGUCAGGACUCUGCUGUUCCCUCCAAGGCAGCCCAUCCUUUUGCUGAAAACAUCCUCUCCAUGUCCCCAGUCUGGGCUCCAGGUCUCCUGAGAAAUCUGGAGUGUGGGAUGUUACCACAUCUGCCCGGCCAGCUUCUGGGAAUUGGAUUCGUGGCACUUUUAAAUGUAGGGAACAAUUCAAGAUUCAGGGAUUCCCCACAGGUCAAAUACUCUUAGGCUUCAUCUAGCUCUUUUCCUCAAAUGUCUGAUCUGUGGGACUUGAAGGAGAAAAUGGGUCUAGGCAAGAUAGGGAAAGAAGAGGGGCUGGGAGUUAGCCAGGUCCGGUCAGGCUCAGCUAAGGCUCAGCACCUGCCCCAGACUCCACAUUUUCAUCUUUCUUGGGUUCUCACUUCACCUCUGUAUUUAAAGCAUUGCGUGACUUAGCUCUGUAGAGACAGAACUUGUCCAAUUGUGAAAUGCGUGUGUGUCAUCUUCAUUUUCCUGUGAUGGUUUAGCAUUUCCUCAUAAAGCUGAACUAAAAUCUUGCCCUCCUUCA